AUGGUGAAUAGCCAUAUCCUUCUUGUGAGUUUUCCAGGACAGGGCCAUAUAAACCCAUCACUCCAAUUUGCAAAGCGCCUUCUGCAGAUGGGAGUCAAGGUCACCUUAUGCACUAGUCAAUCUGCAAUCCGUCGCAUGUCCAAAACUGCCUCAAUAAUACCAUGCCUGACUUUGGCUCCCUUUUCUGAUGGUUACGACAAUGGCUGGACAACUGCGGACGAUGUCCAAGAAUUCUUUAUAUCUUUCAGAACUUGCGGUACUGAAGCUGUUACAAAUCUUAUCCUGGCUAAAGAAAACGAAGGCCACCCGUUUACACAUGUAGUAUAUGCUACUCUUAUCACAUGGGCAGGAGAAAACAAUGAAGUUAUUGAACUUCCAGGACUGCCAUUAGUGUUUAGUUCUUGUGAUUUGCCAUCCUUUAUGCAGUCUUCAAGCCCUGUUGUGUACAAGUUUUCUCUCCCUCUUUUAAUAGAGCAUUUGGAGAUUCUUGAUAGAGCUAGGCACAAGCAGAAAGUACUUGUGAACUCAUUUGAUGCAUUGGAAUUCGAAACCUUAAGGGCUAUAAAGAAAUAUGAUUUUAUGGGCAUUGGACCUUUGAUUCCUUCUGCAUUUUUGGAUGGCAAGGAUCCUUUGGACACCUCAUUUGGAGGUGAUCUCAUACAGAAGACAGUAGAUUACAUUGAUUGGUUGAAUUUGAAAGACGAACUAUCUGUUAUUUAUGUAUCUUUUGGAAGCUAUUCCAAUUUAUCAGAACAACAAAUGGAAGAGGUUGCUAAUGGGCUGAUCAAAAGCCAGAAACCAUUCUUGUGGGUGACUAGAGACGGAAAAAAUGGUGCAAAACAAGAAGAAAGCAACGUGCGAAGUUGGGUGAAAGAAGUGGAAAAACAAGGAUUAUUGGAAAACUGGGCUGAAAGUGGCAGCUGCCACCGAUGGAGGAAUUGUAAUGGCAGAUGA